GAAAUAGAAAAAGUGGACGCUCGCGAGGAGCUGCUAGGUAACGUCCUCAGUAAAAGGAGAGGGUAGUAAGCACGUCACAUUCUUGAAAUAAGUGAAAAAGCGCGACUCGUGGACGGCUAGGUAGCUAGGCUCGUGGGCGAAGAAGGCGCUCCGACGAUUGCCCCGCUCGGAGGCACUGCGAUGCCCUCUGACUUCAUCUCACUGCUCGGCGCUGAUCUCGACCUCAAUUCCCCCAAAUCGCUCUACUCGAAAGAGUCGGUCUAUGACCUUCUCCCCAAAGAGCUUCAGUUGCCAUCGUCCAGCGAGCGUGACCCCAUAACCAUGAGUCAGAAGAGUGGUGGAGAGGCAGGCCCCCCACCUCCAGCAGCUCUCGCUUCAGAUGCCACCUCCUCUUCUAUGCCCAUGGGAGGUCCUCGCAGUGCUUUUCCUGCCUCUUCCAGCCCCACCAUACACUCCUCUACCUCAGUCACUGACCGGGCCUCCGUUCACAACAGCUGCGCUCCGGGUGACGUGGUAAGUAGCCGAGGGGUAGUGGAGAUGCUUGGCAUGGAGGGCCAGUCGGCAGGAGCUGGAACGGCUGGAGGAGGCGGAAGCAGCGGUGGCACUGGUAGUGCUGUUGGUGGCAGUAGCAGGGCCAGUGGGACUGGAGGAGCGUCAAAUGCAGGAGCAGGAGUCAGUGCCCAGCACCAGACGACACCGUCAAAGCGGCGGACGGUGCUGAACAUCUCUCCUCCGCCGGAGGACCUGCUGGAUGACAGCCGCAUGUCCUGCCAGGAGGACUUGCUUCCAGACUCAGAGCAGAGUAGCAGCAUUUGGAUGGAAGACUCGGCCUCCAACUUCAGUCUCAUGAGCUCCAGCUCCUACAAUGACAACACUGAGGUUCCACGCAAAUCACGCAAACGUACAACACGACAGAGGCCAGGGCCCAAACCUGUACCUGCCGAAGAGGCAAGCAUGGACGUAUUCGAUGCAGACAGUGCCAAGGGCCCCCACUUUGUCCUUUCCCAACUGGGCCCAGACAGCAAGCCCUGUGCAAGCUCAACUGAAGGUCCAAAGUCAUCUAAUCAAAAAGGUGGGACUUUGUCAGGCCAGUACCCCUCCAAGGCCGAAGGCAAGGAGUUGAAGAUUCUCGUCCAGCCUGAGACCCAACACCGGGCACGGUACCUGACAGAAGGAAGUCGGGGGUCAGUCAAGGAUCGCACACAGCAGGGCUUCCCCACUGUCAAGUUGGAGGGUAUGAACGAGCCAGUGGUCCUGCAGGUGUUUGUGGGUAAUGACACAGGUCGCGUGAAGCCACAUGGCUUUUACCAGGCUUGCAGGGUGACAGGCCGCAACACGACUGCUUGCAAGGAGGUGGAUAUCGAGGGCACCACAGUCAUCGAGGUGUGCUUGGACCCCAGCAGCAACAUGACACUGGCGGUGGACUGCGUGGGCAUCUUGAAACUGCGCAAUGCUGAUGUGGAGGCUCGUAUUGGAGUGGCAGGCUCCAAGAAGAAGAGCACGAGAGCCCGCCUGGUGUUCCGGGUCAACAUCCCCCGCAGUGAUGGCUCCAUGUUCACCCUGCAGGCUCCUUCAUCUCCAAUCCUCUGCACCCAGCCAGCAGGUGUGCCUGAGAUUCUGAAGAAGAGUCUACACAGCUGCCCUGCAGUGGGAGGCCAGGAGGUCUUCCUCAUUGGGAAGAACUUCCUAAAAGGAACCAAAGUGAUUUUCCAGGAAAAUGCGUCAGAUGAAAAUUCUUGGAAAGCGGAGGCUGAGAUUGACAUGGAACUGUUUCAUCAGAAUCAUUUAAUUGUGAAAGUCCCACCAUAUCAGAACCUGGCCAUCUCCACUCCAGUGUCUGUGGGGAUCUAUGUGGUGACCAAUGCUGGGCGAUCCCAUGACAUCCAGCCUUUCACCUAUACUCCAGAACCAGUGAAAGCGGCCGACAUGCCUGUUAAGAAAGAGACAUCAUCUCCAGCCAAACCUUGCUCUUUUAAAGAACAGAUGAAAGUAAUACAAAGUGGAAACUGCACCCUGGAGAACACCCUGAUGGCCCCGAUGAUGCCCCUGGUGAAGAGGGAGGAGGCAACCCCCAUGGAGGUCUCAACCAAUAUCUCAGAAGCUGCUGCCUUCAAGACGUCAGAUGCCAUCACAGCAGAGCAGCAGGCAAUGGAUGUGCGCUCCAGCAUCCCCAUUAACAGUGGGUCUUUCUCUGGCACCAUGACUCACCAGCAGGGGGAGCCGGAUCAACAGCAGUCCACUGUCUACACUGGCACUGAGUCCAUGGGCACGAUACAGAAGCAGGACAUCACUGCUGGUGGCUCCUUUCCGGUCUCAGGGGAAUCCCUGCUCCAACAGGUGUCCCAGCCAUUCCUUUUAGAGGCCGGGGAUGGGCUGUCACGGGAGGGGGCUGGUGGCAGUGUAGUGGGCCUGGCUCAAAUAGUGGAAGUACAACAGGCGCAAGCCCAACAACCUCAACUCUCAAUUUUCCCACAAGACGGGGUUGCCCAGCUCGAGAGGGCAGUGCGUCACCUCCAGGCUGGUGGCUUCUCAGCAGGGGGCUCAGCAAGCGACAGCCUGGUACAGCAGGUUCUGGAGGUGGCUGCACAACAGCAGCUCAACUCUGUGCUGUAUAGCCCAGCCCCCUCCACAGAAAGUGUGCAACAGCAGGUCCAGGACACUAUGACUGGUCUACAGCUACAGCCAUCCAGCGGGCAGCUUGCCAAGCCACAGCAGCAACAAGAGCAGCAUCAGCAGCAAGUCCUAGAGAACCUGCAGCAGCUCCAGUCGGAGCUCUUCCAGCCUCAGAUCUCCAUGCAGUGCAGCAUUUUCCAGGGAACCUCCCAAAAUGAGACCUCUGAACAGCAGAAUUCCCCACAGCCCAUGGUGCAGGGCCACAACUCUCUCUUCCAGUCGCCCGAAGACUUGAUGAGUAGUGCCUCUCAGCAGCAGCGACAGCAGCAGCAACAGGUGGCACUUUUCCAGCAAGCAGGAGAGCUCCUGUCCAUCCAGACAUCUAGUUUUCUUCAGCAAACUCCCUCUCACCCCUCCCCCACCCAGCAGCUGUUCCAUACCCCCAGCCCAUUGCCCGAUGGGCAAGAUCCACAGCGGUCUCUCUUCCACUCCCCAAAGGGUCAGCCCACCCAGGAGCAAGUCCAAGCAGCCUUAUUCCAGAACACCCUGACUGUGCUUACAGGCUCCUCUCUGUCCCAGGAGCAACAGCCUGCUGCAUCCAGCCUUUUCCUUUCCCAGAGUGCUCUACCUGGCCAGCUCACUGCUGACACUAAUCAGCAGCAGCAGCAGCAGCUUGCCUUCCUCACAUCCAUGCAGGCAUCACCUGGGGAGCCACAGUCAGUCUCUGUGUUCCAGUCUCAGCCCCAGCUGGCUGGUCUGCAGCAGAGCACCCCUAUGGAGCAGCAGCAGUCGCCCCAGCAACCACAGAGCUCCUUGUUCCAGAGUCUGUCCCCCCAUGCCCCUGGUGGCACUCUCUCGCCAAGCCAGCAGCAACAGCAGGCAGCGCAGCAGCAGCAGGCUGGCCUGUUGUACUGCAGCAAUUCGCUAAACCCCCCAGAACAGCCCCCAGCCCUACUCUUCAGCAACCAGGCCCAGCUGAGCAGCAGGAGCCUCGGCUCGCAGGAAUCCCAGAAUUCCUCGCUCUUGUUUCCCCAGUCUUUGAGCCAGCAGGAGCCAUCAGAGCCCAUGUCUUUCCAAGACCAGAGCUCUGUGGUAGAGACCCAAUCCCCAGUGGAGCCGCCCAAGCAGGGACUCUUCCAGGACCCGCAGCCCAUGCAGCUGGUGUCUGCCUCCGGCAGCGGUGCCGAGCAGCCUAUCACCAUUUUCAUGCCGCAGGCAACCAUGACAGCUCUGCAGGGAGGGGUUGGCUCCCAAGAGCUGCCCCAGGCCUCCAUCUUUGCUACGCAAAAUGGGAGCCUGCAGACCACCAGCUCCUCCCCUGUGCAGCAGCCUGGCUCACUCUUCCAGACAGCCGUGAGCAGUGCCAUUAGCCAAGAGCAACAGCCGGGCAUGUUUCUCUUCAGCAUCCAGAACGAAUGCGGUCAGCUCAUGGACUCCCCUGGGCCCAUGCUGUCCGAACAACUGAUUGCCCUGAGCCAGUCGGGCCAAGGCCAGCGUGAGAACGACGCUCAGAUCCAGUCACUGCUUAACCAGACCAUGUCUGAGUCUGGGAACAUGCAGAACAGCAUGACAACCUCUCAGAACAUGGAGAAAAUCGACGACCUUCUCGUGAGCCUUCAGGAGCAGGGCAACAACCUGUCGCGCUCCUACUAGAAACACCUUUGGAUACAGGACCCUGGAGAACAGUAGCCCAGUAGACGCCCCGUUGAAGAGGAUGUUGAAAGAACACCAGCGGGAUCCUGUAUCAACUACAAGUCUCAUCAAGGCUUCGCCUGUCCAUGGCUCUAGAUUCAUUCUUCGUUCAGACUGGACUUUGGGGGUUGUACAGUGAGCUUAUUUUACCCUUGUAGUUUAACAAAAGGCUCCCCAGACAUGUCACAAUUCUUUGUUGAAUAGCUCUGUUGUGUUGUGUUACAGCUGUGAGCACAUAUCACGGGGGGAUGUGUUGGACGUGAUGUGUGCGGCACUCUGCGCAGCCCUCAAAGAUUAGAUGGUUCCCGCACUGGUGUUUUAAAUCCUACAGGCUCUACAGCAUCACCUGUGUGCGGUUGUGACUCCUUAACACUUUUUUCUCUUUUUAAAAUAACUUUUAGGUAAAAGAUAGCAAAAAAGACAUCUAAAAAAGAGAAAUUGUAUAUUUUUGACAUUAGACUUUCAGCACUUUAUAACACUUUCCUUUGUGACAAGAUACUCUGUGUACUGACCUACAGUGCUCUCCCUGUCUCCUCAUGGGUUCAGCUGUCAGCUAUUUAUUGCCAUUUUUAGAAAAUGUAAGUCUUUUCAUUGAUAUUUGAAUACCUUUACCCAUGUAUUUUCUUACUCAUGCAUGUUUUUUGUAACCUGAAUUUUCUUAUGAGGUUGUUUCAUUAACCCACCUUACCCCAAACGUUUUUUCACCAUUUUACCCAAAGUUUAAAGUAAUAUUACCUUUUUUUCUCUGGUCACUCAAGCUGAAUCAGAAAGCAGAUGAAGACAAGGGGGCUGCAGAGAUUGAGGGGGAAAACGCAUAGGCCAGAAUUUAGGUCAUUCAUAAUAUAUAGUGUGAUAUUUUGAUGUGAAUGUGUGUCUACAUGAAUACAUAUUCAUGGUCAUAUAUAACAGUAUAUACAUAAAUUGUGUGUGCGUCUCUUUGGAAUGAUUUGGUGUAUAUUGUUCAUUGUACUGUGUGUACAUGUGUAUAUACUUUAUUUUUAGUGUCGUGUCUGAGGUGGGUGUUGUGAUGAUCAGUGUCUGAUGUGUGUAUUAUUGAUAGAUGAAUAGAUGUUGAAGUCCUGGGAGGGUCCAGCCUCUUGUAGUUCCCUCGUGACGUGACUGGAAGGCAGCGUCUCUCGCCGCUCAAUCUCAUUUCACCCUUUGUCAGUUUAUCUUGCCACGUGGUGCUACACACAGGAGGGAUGAGGAAUUUUUAAUCAUGUUGUCAUUUGUAUUAAUAUUUACUGUAAAAAUUAAAACGCCUUCGCCUUGUGCUGACUCUGUGUGCAGCUGGAUGGCCAGCGGAUGUCAGGAUCUCAGGAGUCCAGGCCACAUCUCACGUCAGGCUACAGUCAGUCGCCACUUUAUACCCCACUUCAGUACGCUGCCAAUUUUAUGGCCUGAGUGGGCGUACAUCUGCAUUUGUUAGUCUGGGCUUUUUUGAGAGGGGGAGAGUAUAAAUGAUCAGUUUGUUUUUUCUUUUUUUUUUUUUUUUUUUUUUUUUUUUGUUUGUUUGUUUUCUUCCGGACUCUCGGUUGUGUAUGAAGCCGUAAAUCUCAACGCGUGAGGCGUUUUUUGCGAAGCUGCCAAAACGAGCGUCUUUUUCUUUUCCACGCAGACGCCUGUGGCACAUGCCCACCAGACAGCACUAGGGCUGUAGUUUGACCGUGGUUACACCACGCAGUUGAGCCUCUGCUAAACCCAGGGGACUGGUCUCCCUCACUACGAGAGCUGCUCGGUGAAGCCUCCGGGCCUCCUCGUUGCUUGUGUGUCCGUGUAAUUGUUGUCAUUGCCCUUUUUCAACUAGUGUCAUCACACUUUCACUAGUUUUAAAAAUAAGCUUUAUUUGUAGGGUGCGUAACCUAUCUUCUCGUAUGACGGUAACCGGUGAGGAAUUGCACGUCCUCCGCGCUCCCCCAUUUCUCAGUCAGUAACCUGUUUUACAUAUUUAAAGGGACCUACUGCAGAAGGAUGAGCUGCGAAUGUGUCUUGAAGGAAAUUACUUGUAUUACGCUUUUCCCAACUCGUGAAAUACUGGCACUUUUUCCUGUUAUGGAGUUUUUAAAAAAACAUUUUAUUUUAUUUUUUUUUUUUUUU